AUGCCCGAAUACAACGACAGCAAUCGUGCCUUCCUCCAGGCGUUCAUGGCACGCUCGUCUAUGACCUUUGAAGAUGCGCAACCCAUACUAGCUGCGAUAUUAACAGUAUCCGAAGGACGAACAGUUGAUCCUGACGAGGUCGGAGAAGAACAAUUCUCCGACUUUGUCUCGGCCGCCAACACCGCCGUGUCACCUUUCGAUCUCGAGAUUAGAAGCUCACUGCCACAAAUCCUUCAACCAUCCCAAGAAGAUGUCUCGACAACACCACUAAAGCGAGUAUAUGCGCUUGUAAAUACUACGAGUGAUCCUUUGACCCAGCUCGCGACCACUUAUUCCCCGGACGAGAUAGCAUUUCUCAAGCGCUUGCUUGACUUUAUGUUUGCCACAAAUAAUACACGAGUGUGUGAAGGAAUGGUAGCUUCACAGAUGCAAGCUGUUCAGCUACAUAAGGCUCCGUCUGGGGAACGGCAAUCCACGAGUAACGAUUCAACACAGACCCAAACCGCAGCGGUACAGUCGUUGCGUAUGACCCAAGCGGAGACUAUGAUUCUCCACUUGAUUGAAGAGGGCUGGUUGCAAAAAAGCCCGAAGGGCUACCUCAGCCUCACACCUCGAGCACUGAUGGAGUUGCGAAGCUGGUUAGUCCUAACGUACAACGACGAGAAUUUCGAUGGCCGACCCAUACAGCGCAUCAAGUCUUGUGCUGCUUGCAAAGACAUCAUCACCGUUGGCCAACGCUGCGAAGACCACGAAUGCAAUGGUCGGCUCCAUGACCAUUGCAUGCGCAACUUCUUCCGCAUGCAACAAGCAGAAAAAUGCCCGAUGUGCAAAAAGGACUGGCCCGGUGAUAGAUUUGUGGGUGAGAGAGCGCUCACUUUGCACUCGAGGUCAAGCAACGCCGUUCCACAACAGAGGGAGUCCUCGCCUGCUGCGCCUAUGGCCCUUGGUGAAAUUUCCGAGGACGAAACUGACGGCGAAGAACAUACGUGA